GUUCCAAUAAGCGUCUUCUUGGCGGCUUCUCAAUCAACCAUCAAGUCAUCAAUUGUUAGCUUUAAAAACUACAUCAUUGGAUACAAUUUUUAUAAUUUCUAACUACAUUGUAACAGGUUUGAUUUGAAAAAGUAAUUUUCUUUGAACAAAGAAUUUUUAAUUUUACCACUUUUUUAUAAUGAAUAUAAUCAAUUUCUAAAAAUUUUCUUUUUCAAAUUAAGAAAAAUAUUGAGAUCCUUUAUUUAAUACAGUAUUAGAGGAGGGGCUGAAUGUCUUAAAUCUGUAAAAAUAAAAUUUGAAAAAAAGUGACAUUUAAAAAAAUGAUUUAAUUAACUUAGAAAUAUUAUACAUAUAUACACUUCAAUUAUCAAAUUGAAACAUUGCACAGCUGGUCCGAAUUAUUUGAGAUAUGCCGCCAAAAAAGAGUGCCAGCACCGUGUCUCCUAAAAAGACUAGAAGCAAAGCUCGGUCAACUUCUCGCUCGCGCUCCAGAGGAAGAUCACCAGGUAGAUCGAAGAAGUCAACGAAAACAGAAACAAAGGUUGAGGAGAAAGAUGAAACUACAAAACAAGUUAAAAGUCGUAAGCGUGCUUCAAGCAGUCGAGAGAGAAAAUCAGUAGAAAGAACAAGGACGUCAGCUCGACUUGAUAAAAUUAGAAACGACGAAAAAAAUGAAGUGAAGGAAGAAGUUUCGUCAACAACAACAGAGGCUUCUUUACGUAAACGCAAGUCUGAAAAAGUUCCAGUGGAGGAGAAAGUCUUUACCCGAGGAAUUAAAUCUCAGAAAGACGCAUCUGAUUCUAUUGAUAGAUCUUUCAGUAAAAACUGGCUGAGUGUUAUAUUGGCGAUUUUUGAACCUUUUAUUUUAAUUUUUACUGUUAUCUUUGUUUAUGCUGGAUGCGAAAAGAAAUAUUUUUGGAAAGAUCAAAAGUUUAACUUUCCUCAUUUUAAUUUGAGGUGGAAAUAUGAUUUUAGGAUCCCUUUUUAUUACUCAAUUUUUAUUCUCUAUAACGUCAUGCUCUACUACAUGCCAAUAGGUCAGAAAUAUGAGGUUAAAAUUGCUAAUGAAAUAAGACAGCAUCGGCUGAAUGGUUUAUGGCAGCAAAUAUUUAAUAUUCUAAUUAUUUUGGCAGUUUUUGGAUUAAAACAACCUAUUACAUUUUUAAUAACUAGAGAAUACUUGUUUGCUUUAAUGAUUACUGGCUUAUCAUUCUCUUUCAUUAUAGGAUUUAUUACGUAUUUGGCUACUAUUAAAUUGCCUGGAGAAAAUAUAAUAUUAGACAUAAUUAAAGGAAAGUUAAUAUCUCCCCGAUGUCUUGGCUUAGACUGGAAAAUUUUCUGUUUCUUUAGAGUGGGAUUAAACUUUUGGAUUACUUUGACCCUGUUAUAUUCUCUUGACAAUUAUCAAACAAGUAAAAUAAACAAAGGGUUAAUUUCAAUUACAGUAAUGCAAAUAUUGUAUUGUUUGACAUACAAUUUGGAAGAAAAAACUAUAUUUCACUCAAGUGAUGUACAAAAGACACCUUUCGGAUUAUUUAUGUCCAUUGCAUCUUUCUUUUACGUACCAUUUGCCCAUUCUGUCCAAGCUUAUUACGUUUGGAAGCACAAAGUCAUCGUUCGAGAUGAAUAUUUGAUAGCUGCUUCUCUGAUUUUUGCAUUUGGAAUCUAUAUAUUGUUUUCAUCUAAUAAGCAAAAACAAAAGUUUCGGGACGAUCCUUUUCAUCCUGAUGUCGCUCACUUGGAUAGUAUAUUGAGCCCUACAGGAAGGAGAAUUCUAGUUUCUGGAUGGUGGGGAUUUGUAAGGCGUCCAAAUUACCUUGGAGACAUUAUGACUGCAAUUGCAUUUUCCAUACCAUGUGGAUGCAAUUCACCAUUUCCUUGGAUAUAUGCGAUCAUGACAACUCUUAUUCUAACUUUAAGAAUCAAGGAAGACGAAAAAGGUUGCAAAGAAAGGCAUAAAAAAGCUUGGGACAGUUAUACAGAAAGAGUACCUUAUCGUUUGAUACCAUACGUGUUUUGA